AGUGGUGAUAUAAUUCCUAAACAUUGAAUAUUAAUUUUACUUGUGUAUUAAAUUAAAUAUUCAUCGAUCGAUAUUUAUGUUACAUAUUUCAAUCAAUGCUUCAACGUACUAAAGUUAUUCAAUUAUACAAGACGCUCCUGUACAUGGGUCGUGACUAUCCAAGAGGUUAUGAAUUUUUCAGAAAAAAUUUAAAGAAAGCUUUUGAAAAGAAUAAAGGAGAACGUAAUCCGGAAACAAUUGAUAAAAUGUUGGCACAUGGGAAUUUUAAUUCUCCAAAAUACAUUAGAUGUGUAGAUGAAUCAUCAGCAUUACAAUUUCAUUGCAAGGUUCAUACAUCAAUAGAUAUUAUAGAAGAAAAAUUGAACGUUGGGAGUAAAACAACUGUUGAUAUACGAGACUUGUACUUAACUUUAUUAUAUGCUACUGAAGAAUAUAAAAUAUAUGGUUAUGCUACGAAUACGAAAAUCAAAUUCAUUAUUGUGUUACCUUCGUCAAACUCUCUGAGAGAUAAUGAUGUGAAAAUGACCUUUAAGAAAUUACAUGCUGCUUAUUCUAAUGCUGUAUGUAAUCCAUUUUACAUUCCAGGUGAUCAAUUAAAUUCCAAGUCUUUUGAUUCAGCAGUAAUAGAAAUAAUGGGUAAUAUAUCACGUUUUUAA